UUACCCCUAUAAUCAAUUAUCCGGAGAUAGGCCAAGUUGAGAAGAUCUGAGGAGACACUUUCAGCAGUGGAAAUGGCAACAGCAACCAUUAAAGCGGUGGCUCUCAUCACCGGAGACGCUCAUGUUAAAGGCUCUCUUCACUUUAUUCAACAACCCCACGGGCCUACCCAUGUGACUGGGAGGAUUACAGGUCUAUCACCUGGCCUCCAUGGCUUCCAUAUUCAUGCUCUUGGUGAUACCACCAAUGGCUGCAUUUCAACUGGACCUCAUUACAAUCCAUUAAAGAAAUACCAUGGAGCUCCUUUCCAUGAAGAGCGUCAUGCAGGCGAUCUGGGUAACGUUAUUGCCGGUUCAGAUGGAGUUGCUGAUAUUUCAAUUAAGGACAUGCAGAUACCACUGAGCGGGUCACAUUCCAUAUUAGGACGGGCUGUUGUUGUGCAUGCUGAUCCUGAUGACCUUGGGAAAGUUUCAAUAUCAGGUUGUGGCUCUAAAUACAGUCCUACACUUUAGCCCUUUUUUCCGCAAGUUGAAGGGUGGAACUUGUGGUGUCACUUGCCGAUAGGUUUUUGUUCAAGUUCAUCAUCUAACUGACUCAUGUUGAUAUUAAUGGAUCUAAUUAAAUAGAAAAAUAAUUUACAUAUGUUUCGAGUAUGGAGUUUAGUCAUUCAAUACAUCCUUCAUUUCGAAAACGCAACCUAUGUAUAUGGCUAAAUCAUAGGAUCCAAAAAAAAUUCGAGGAGAGGAUUUUCAUUAAAUUGAGAUGAAGGGGAAAUUUGUUACUGUUUGUUUCUUUAUGUGAAAGAGGACCGGAAAGGUGAUCGUGAUUUGUGUAGCGUUCUUUGCACCAUUAUAUCUUCAAUAAUCAGGGGUUUAUCAUAAUAAAUUGCUUGGUAACUGAAUUGUUAUUUUAGACUAUAUGAAUGUAAUGAAUCGGAGGAUUAGAGGAUUCUGAAGUACUGGUUGGACUUCAACCACAAUAUUAAAGGGUUGUACAUGCA